GCCUACUGCCUUCCACUUUGUCUCGCUGUGUUACACCCCGAUGUAAUCAGAAGGAAAUUUAUUGGGUACAAAUGGAGGUUACAAUAGAGUAGACAUUAUGCAGGUACAUGCAUACGAAGUCUCUACUGCGUUAUCGAAGGGAUCCACAAAGCCUAGAUCCUGAUUACACUUGUAAAUCAAAGGUGCAACAUGCUGAUAAAUUCAAUGCCAAGAGAUUAAUCAUGAUCUAUAAUAGUAAAUGUAUCAAAUAUCCCAACCCGCAAAUGUCUUGGAAGAACCACAGUGGUUGGGAAUAAUUGCCCAGAUAUUUAAAGCAGCCAAUGACGCCACGAUGCCUGCCGGCAGAUUGCUUUUGGGCGUAAAUCCCACCCUAACACUUUGGAUACAGGGACAGAGCGUGGCGUUUCCUUGACACAAGUAUGAGGAUAUCGAGGACUUUCCGGUUACUGGACCAUGCCAUACGGGGCUGUGUCAGCU